AUGCUCAAAGCUUCCAUUGAAGUCAAUAGCUCAGGCACGCCCGGAAUCAAUGGAACCUCCGGAUUCAGUGGGUCGAGUGGACAUACCGGAUCUAGUGGUUCAAGUGGUUCACAUGGUCACACUGGUUCUCGUGGUGGUAAUGGUUCACAUGGUCAUCGAGGUGGUAAUGGAACUCAUGGUACUAAUGGUUCACGAGGUACUCAUGGAGGUCAUGCAAGUGAUAUUCGAGUAUUGAUUGAUGGAAUGGAUCAUCAUUCAGUAGUCAUUAGUGGAACUGUGAAUGAAACAUUAUGUAUUCCAGAUGGAUCUGUAAAAGCAAUGAGAUUUUAUGCGAAUGGAGGUGCAGGUGGUCAUGGAGGUGAUGGUGGAAGUGGUGGAUCAGGAGGUUCAGGUGGUUGGGGUGGAUCAGGUGGAUCAGGAGGAAGUGGUCGAUCAGGAAGUAGUGGACAAAAUGGAGGAGAUGGUGGAGAUGGUGGAGAUGGUGGAGAUGGAGCAGAUGGUGGAGAUGGAGGAAAUGGUGGACAUGUUAUUAUUGAAACUCAUAAUCCAGCUCUAUUGAAAUUUGUUCAUGCUGAAUGUUUUGCUGGAAGAGCUGGAAGUGGUGGUUCUGCUGGAUGUGGUGGAAGUGGUGGUUCAGGUGGAAGUGGUGGUUCAGGUGGUUCAGGUGGACAUGGUGGUAGUGCUGGAUCUAAAUUAGAACAUCAAUCUCAUUCACCUCACAGUGGUAGUUCAGGUAAAUAUGGACAUGCUGGACAUCGAGGAAAUUCUGGUAAUUCUGGACGUGAUGGUCGAUGUGGAAUGGAUGGUCGUUCAGGUCAAAUGGGUUCACUUCUCUUUCGAGUUUUAGAUCCUCUCACAAACAUGCCCAUUGAUCAAGGAUCUACUCUUUUCGAUUUGGCUGUUACUUCCUAUCAAUUAUUUGCAGUAGAAGAUGAUGGUAUCUUUGAACCUGGUGAAAGUGUAUUCAUUUCCAAUGUCAUGGUCACCAACACUGGUGGAAUGAUUUUACCACCUGGUACUCUUAUUCAAUUCCCAAAUUGUGAUUCUAUUCCUAACAAACAACCCUUUCUCUCUUCAAAUAUGAUCUAUGUCAUUCCUCAACCCAUUUUACCAGGUGGAAUGUUUCAAAUUCCAUUUCAAUUUUAUGGUCAUAUAGGAGAUGUACCUGAACCUAAAAUGAAUGGACCUUAUCAUGCAGUGAUGGCAAUUCAAUCCCAUGCCUCAUUAUUAACAUCACCUUUUGAUCAAGGAUGUCUUUUAAAUAAUUAUAAUAUUACAUAUCCAAUCAAAAUAGCACCUUUGACUCAACCUUCUCAAUUAGGAAGAAGUGAAAAGGGUACAGUGACUGUUCAAUUUCAUAACAUUUCAACCAUGAUUUAUGGAAGUCAAUCGCAUUCAGAACGACAACACACAAGUUUUGUCAUUUCUUUUGAUCAUCGAUUUACAGUUCAUAAUGAACCUAAUUUGAAUGGUGUGAAUGCUAUUGAAGAAGAUAUUCCAUUGAUACAUCCUGGUAUGACUUAUUCAAGAAGUUUCCAAAUUGAGUUGAAUGAUUUGGCACAAUUUUUUGAAACAGUUCCAUUUAAAGUGAGUUUGAAAUUGAGAGGAAAGAUUAUUGAAAAUAUGGAAAGUUCUAUUCGAUUGACUCCAAAUUAUUAUCCAACCACACCAUCUCAGAAUCAUUAUGAUGUGUUAUUAUUUACAGACAAACAAAUUGUAAGACAAGAAUUCUUAGCCUAUAUGAAAAUAUUAGAAGGAUUAGGACUCAGUGUGAAUAUUUGGGAUUGUGAACGAUAUGGUGGAAUUUCUUUUGUUAAAAAUCCUCAAAACGUAAUGAUGAUGCAACCACAACCACUCAUUCAGCAACCACAACCCUUCAUCAUGGAUCCAGCAGUGUCUAAUCUCAUACCUCAGAGUAGUACUGUCGUUGCUUCUAACAUGGUUCCUGUGAUUGGAUUAACACCAAAUGAACAAAAUCCCAACAUGAUCAUGACACCAACGACAGUCACUCAUUCCACACCUCCAUUGAUGAUGCCUAGUGUUGGUGGUACUACUGGUACGACUCCCAACAACAAUAAUAAUACUAUUGUACGACAUCCCAUUUCAUGGAUUCAUGGAGGAUAUGAAGGUAAAAUUCUCAUCUAUCCCAUGCUCAAUCAAGGUGAUGAAAAUAAUCUCCUCUCAGAAGAUUUAUUUCAAAUAUUGAGAGGAGUAGCAUGGAAUGAUACAAGUACUUUGGGUAAUACUACCACGACGAGUAAUAGUGGUACUACCAAUACUACUAAUAAUAAUAAUAGUACAACUACAAAAUCUAAUCAAACAGCAACAACAACUCUACAACAUGUUGCACCUCCUCCUACUCUUGGUGCAUUUAUUUUCAUUGGAAAUGUGGAUGGUAGUAAAUUUAGAACAAGACUCUUCAAACCCGUGCCAUCCAAACCCAUUCCAGAACAAGAGUUGAGAGAAGUAUUUUUAAUUAGUACACCCAAUGAGAGAGAUUUAGAAAGAAAAUGUAAUGAAUAUUUUGAUAAGGUACUUCACAAGAUUACUCCUUCAAGACAUUACUCUUCAUGUGCUUUGAAAUUUAAUCCUAAAAAGAGUGGAGUAUUUUCAAAGACUAGUCUUGGAACUGCAAAAUAUAAGGAAUUACCAGUCACUGCAACUGAUUGUUGUUUUUCAUUGAAUACUUCCUCUGGUCAUUCACAAAAUUUCAUGACUGCUGAUUCUCAAAAUAAUUUAGUCACGAAUCAAUUUUUAGUGAGUUCUAAUUUUGGAAGGUUAUUGAAUACAGUGAUAUUUUCACUUCCACUUGAAAAGAGAUUAAGUUUAUUGAAGAAACCAACCGAAUGGCUUGCACAAGUGAAAUUUGUUGAAGAGAAUGGAGAAGUAUCGAAUUAUGUGAAGGCAAUAUUGUGGUCUCUCUAUUACAAUAUUUAUGAAGAAAUUUUAUUUAGAGAUGAAAUGGGAAGAUUUACUUCAGUGAUUAAGAAUGAUUUUGAAAAUCAUUUGACUGAAUAUCAAUCUCAUCCUGAACGUGUGAAAUUGUGUGAACACUUCUAUCUCAUGUUGGCAUCACUUCGUAAAAUGUUGAAAUGGAAGGGAAUGUUGUUGUCCAAGACAAAGGAGAACAAACGAAACUUUGAACAAUUUGCAGAUGCUAUGGAGAAGAUUAUUUUAAACAAACUCAUUACAGAUACCACUCAAGCUGAGAAUAUGAAGAAGGAAACCAAACAAAAAUUGAAAGUAUUACCACCAACCUACUUUUCAUUCCAUAUGAAAUUCAUGCAGAGAUUGUUCAUGUCUCAUUUUCAAAAUGAAUUGGAAAAGGAUUUGACAAGUGGAUUCUUUGGAAGUGUGGCCAAGAAUUUUCACUCCGUGUCAGAUGGUAAUUCCACGUUUUUAGAUUAUUGGUAA